AUAUUCGAACUCGGCUUAAUUGCUUGAGAGGUGAUAAGGAAAAAAAAUCAAUUUUUAUCAUCAGGUGUUCAUCAUACAUGCAUAGAAAAACAGCAUAAUGAAGAAAAUUGAAAUAAAAGUUGAUCGGUAUAUCGUAAUCAGUGCAAAGAAUCAUGGUUAUGUUGGUAAACAUUAUUGAUGUCCCUUUAUAUAAUUGAUAGUCAAGAAUUUAGUAAAUAGAUACAAAUCAUGGAUUAUGAUUAUAUGUCUUUUCAUAGAGAAAAAGAUGUUCAUAAUAAAUGUUAUGGUGGAAGAUUAUGGUGCAUCAAAGACAUAUGUGGCAUUAUAUGCGCAGUUCUAACAUGGUUGUUAAUAAUUUAUGCAGAAUUUGUAGUGAUGGCAGUAAUUCUUAUACCUACAAUAAACACUUUAUAUUCUAGUUUAAACACAGCAAUAUUUCAGUCAUUAACUUUCCUAGCUUUUGCAUCCCAUCUAAGAACAAUGCUCACUGACCCAGGUGCUGUUCCCAAGGGCAAUGCUACAAAAGAAAUGAUAGAACAAAUGGGAUUUAGAGAUGGGCAGGUAAUUUUUAAGUGUCCAAAGUGUUGUUCUAUUAAGCCAGAUAGAGCGCAUCAUUGUUCUGUUUGCCAAAGAUGUAUUAGAAAAAUGGAUCACCAUUGUCCAUGGGUUAAUAAUUGUGUCGGAGAAAAUAAUCAAAAAUAUUUUGUACUUUUUACGUUCUACAUAGCUGCAAUGUCAUUGCAAUCUUUAUUUUUAUGUAUACAACAAUUUACCACUUGUGUGAGACAAGAGUGGAAAGAAUGUUCUACAUUCAGUCCACCUGCAACAGUGGUGUUAUUACUGUUUCUGGCUUUCGAAGCGCUUUUAUUUGCUAUUUUUACCGCUGUAAUGUUAGGAACACAAUUACAAGCAAUUUGGAACGACGAAACUGGUAUUGAGCAACUUAAAAAAGAAGAAGCACGGUGGGUUCGCAAUAGUAGAUGGAAAUCUAUUCAAGCCGUGUUUGGAAGAUUUUCGCUCGCUUGGUUUUCACCGUUUACUUCACCUCCAAAGGGCAAAACAAAGCUAGAUUCUUAUUUGUAUUCAGUGUAAUGCGUUAUGGUACGUGGUGGUAUCCCAGGGAUAUUCAAUAUUUGUAAAUAUAAUGUAAUUGUGACGUAUCAUGAAUUCAUGUACAAGCGAAUAGAAUAUUUGUAAUUUUAUACUGUUACCUAACAUUCUUAUUUUAUCGCGACCAUUUUGAGAAGUAGCUAAACGAAACAAAUAAUAUUUAAUGUAUAUUUUAUUUAUCAAAAUAUAGAGAUUUGUAAAUUUGCAAACAUACAGAAAUGGUAUGUUUCACGGGAAGAUUUGUAUAUCAAAACAUUGAUAUUACUGUAUUGUGAUAAUGCCAGAUGUUUUCAGAUACUUUAAUCAUGAUACACCGCAACAUAUUUAUUGUACUAAUGUAACAUGCAUUUUAAGCCAUAAUAUCAUACGCUACAAUGAACACACGGAACACGACAUUAACUUAAUAUCUUAAGUUUCGUCUAAUUUGGCAGUCAAUGCUUUGCACCAUUUAGAUAAAAUACAUUGCACUUUGUGAUAGUAGUGUAUCCAAUUUACAAAAGAAACCAGUUCAUUGGUGUUGCGUUUUAGAGAUAAAUAUCAUCUGUGUUUCUAUCGACGUUUAGACCAGACAAUAAUAUUAAUUAUCAGCGACACCAACACGCUUUUUAUAACUUCUUAAUUUUCGAGGCAUAUAUUUUUAUUCCAUUUCCUUCUUCGCCGAUUUUGUAUUUACACGUGGAUACCUGAUUUUUUGUAUAAAUAAAUUGUACAGUUUCUUACUUUUA